GUUGUGUUAAGUCUUGUUUUUCAAAUAAUUACUAAUAAUAAUCACAUUAAUUUUACUGAUCUAUAAUUUUAAAAGGAUUUUAAAGCAAGACUGAGUUAUUAAACUUUUAAGAUCUGUUAAAAGACCGUUAUAAUUAGAAGAAUAUGCAAAUUAAGUUUGUAUGUUUUGUAACAUUAAAGCAAUAAGCUGUAGUUGUAUACUUAUUAAAUUAAACUGCUUGUUCAUUUAGAAUAGAAUAAUGUACUGUAUAUUAGUUUUUGAUAAUUUGAAUGACAUAAUUUAUAAACAUUAUAAUAAAAAUUUUUAUUUACAUUUGAAAAAAAUUGGAUUGCAACAGGGGCUGAUCUCUGCUGAAGAUUACAAAGAUGAUGAUGAAUCUCUCAGCGCGAAUGUUAUCAUGCAGCUUUUCUCUCCGAUUGUUACAUCUCAGAGAGUGAUGGCAACACAGUUUGGUAAUUCAUACACAUCCAUUCAUUGUAAAGAUGGAACCAAUCUUGUUUUCGAUGAGUACAUGGGUUUCUUAUUCACUCUCAUCUCGAGGGAGAAGGUGCAUUCGAUGAAACGAUCCCUGAGUGUAUUCAUCAGUCUAGUGCGACAUCUAUGUGGACCUGAUGUUGGAGUUUUGCGAACAGACGCGGCGAGCAACGAUCUGCUGGGCGACUGCCUGGACAACUGGCACGAGCUGCGUCUUCGCGAACAAUCGCUGCUUGUGGAGGCCGUGGAGCAGCUGGCAGUGAAUGGCGACAUCACCACUGCUGCGCUCAAUGCGCUGCGCAGCGCUUGCGCGUCGCUCAAGGCCGCGCUCAACUAUUCGCGGUCCCACUGCCUCGUCUUUGUGCAGGAGAAACUGUUGGCUCUGUAUACUAGUCGUGAAUCGGACGAUCUGAUUCCCUCGGAUCUGAUAUUUUUGAAUAUUUUGGCGAGCACUCACAACUCUUCAGCAUUCCCUGCCGAAUCUGACAUCAACGUUGAUGCAGUCGAAUCAUCGACCUCCAUCAAUAACAGCCCCAACCAAUCUGUAGCUGAUACCGAAUCAAUUUUGACAUCUAGAUGGGACAUUCUCAAGAAAAAACACGCGGAACGCGUGAAAUCUGGUGACCAGAGUAGUGGCACUGUGAGCAUGUCUGCCAACUGUUGCAACCUGUUGUCGGCGCUGAGAGACGUCUACCAGUCCAUCUGCUUCUGCAGCUGUGACCUCCGUCAGAGUGAGCCAACCGUCACCCAAAUCGCUGGCAACGUCCAGACAAGUCUGCAUGCCUUCUCUGACUUCCUCACCGCCAAGGCCUUCCGCAACUUUACGCUCAGAUCGAGAGCGCUACUGUCCAUCAACAAAUACCUUGAGGAAUUUCCAGGACUGGUGCAUUUUCUGUAUAUUGACAGAGUCGAUCAUAGGCUCACUGCACCGUCUCUCGAUUUCUCAUCCGAAGAAACAAAUAAUCUGACAAAAAUCAAGAUUUGGGAUAUGAUUGAAUUCAGCAGAAGACAUCUUGAAGAUGGACAUCUGGCGUUCAUGUGGAAAGAUACAACCUUCAAUUACGCCUACUAUCUAUGGUUUGAGGAUGAUCAGGGAUCACCAAUCAAACCGAAAAUUUGCCCAGCCAAUGCAAUCAAAAGCCUCCCGAUUCCAGGAAUACUAGGAGAAGAUUUCUAUCAGCAUCUAGUGGAAGCCUGUUUCCCGAAGUGGAAUCCACAGAAGGUUCACUGCUUCGAGUUGUACUGCAUCCACUUGGGUCUGGCCACCUCGUCAUGUGUUCUCGACCAAUCCAGGCGAAUCGCCGCCACCGUCUGGGAGGUCACAGGUCAACACGGUAACCGGUAAUCCAACGGUAAACCACCGUUAAUUACCGGUAAACCACCGUUAAACACCGGUAAACCACCGGUAAUCACCUGUAAACCACCGUUAAUCACCAGUAAACCACCUGUAAUCACCUCUAAACCAACGUUAAUCACGGUAAACCACCGUUAAUCAACGAUAAACCACCGGUGAACACCACCGUUAAUCACCCGUAAACCACCGGUAAACACCGGUAAACCACCGUCAAUCAGCGAAAUACCUUCAAUUUCAUUCAAGUCACUCGGCUCCUAUCAACUCGUAAGGUUUCUUCACACUUAGCUACGCUACGCAGAAAUACGUCCUAUCAUAGUGAAACAAUAACAUAAGUAGAUAUCCCAUGGUAUAGAGCGUUUAUGUCGCAACUUUUACUGUUAUCUCAAGCCGAUUACUGUUGAUUAUUGUCGAUUUUUACUGUUUUGUUGGGGAGAGAGUGUAUGAACGGCACAAUAUGAGAGACUACCAGUGUCACACAGUUUCAAGGGAAAGAGCUACGUGGACUAUCGGCUUGAGAUAACAGUAAAAGUUACGACAUAAACUCCCUAUACCAUGGGAUAUCUACUUACGUUAUUUUUUCUCUAUGGUCCUAUCUUCCAAUGUUAAAUCCAAGCUACGAAUUUGUCCCGUUCACAACGGCGUAGUGUACAGUUCAUAAAUAAUUCAAAUAGCUGAAACUUUACACUAAUUUCUCUUUAUUUUAUUUUGUCUUAAUUUUUCUAGUUUUUCAAAAUCUUAUUUUAGCGUGGACUACGACUAUGUCCCGUUUCGGAAAGCCAAUUUUCUGACUCCAGCUGUUGAAAGUCUAGAACUUAGCUAGAUCCCGAGCUUGGAACCCGGCCCACAGUCAUUCCAACAUUAAGGUGCGUACAGACUUUCGCUCUGCUCCGCGGUCGAACGUCACUCGAGCAGAUCGAUUGAUGAUCGACCGGGGAGCAAGAGUAGAACGCGAAAGAGCUAGCAUUUCCCGUAACGUUCAUGAUCGGAACGAUUGCGGAGCGUGCGCGGAGCGUGUUGGAGGCGCGUAUAUCUGUACGCACCUUUGUAUUUCCCAAACAUCACAUUCCAUGUUAUUAAAUAAGGCUUUAACAGGUUGAAACGAUCAUUCCAUUCUGAAGCUCUCUUAAUAUUAGUUUAGUAUUGAUUUGUAAAUAAGUUUUCCUC